CCGACAGCCGUUUCCAGACGGAGGCUUGUAGAAGUGGAGAUUUCACCGGAGGAAGCGCCGGUUUACCGGAGGGAUGUGGACGCCGAGUUCAUGAGGAUCUGGUCCUGGAUCCGGAAACACUUUCACUUUUGUUCAGGCGCGAGUCUGAUGAGUUAAAACCUGAAGAAACCUUAAGAGCGGUUGUUUCUCAAAGGGAUUUCGGGGAGCGUCACUUACCUUCCAGGGAGGACGGGCUGUAGCGGGGUUUGCAGCUUUCACAGACCCAUGCGACCGAACAGCAGCAGCGGCGUGGACUCUGAGUCACCGGCCGGUCCAUUCAGCGGUGACGGCGGGGGGAACGACCGAACCGACGGUCGCGGGGAGGGCAGACGUAACGGAGAGCCGACGGAGUAGUUACGGUGAACGGGACGGACUUCCACCUCCCGCUGUCGGAGUACAGCUUCGAGCGGCGCUUCGACGAGAGAGGAGCCAUAGAGUGGAUGCAGGCUAACUGGAGUAAGUCGUUUGUGUUCAGCGCUCUCUAUGCCGCCCUGGUGUUCGGAGGUCAGCACUACAUGAAGCCUCGACCCAAGAUGAACCUGCGGCGGCCGCUCGUCCUCUGGUCGCUGAGCCUCGCUCUCUUCAGUAUCGUGGGUGCGGUCCGGACCGGAUCCUACAUGAUCCACAUCCUGAGCAGCAGCGGCUUCAGACAGUCCAUCUGUGACCAGAGCUUCUACAGCGGCCCGGUCAGCAAGUUCUGGGCCUACGCCUUCGUCCUGAGCAAAGCUCCAGAACUGGGCGACACGGCGUUCGUCGUGCUGAGGAAGCAGAAGCUGCUGUUCCUGCACUGGUACCACCACAUCACCGUGCUGCUGUACUCCUGGUACUCCUACAAAGACAUGGUGGCCGGCGGCGGCUGGUUCAUGACCAUGAACUACGCCGUGCACGCACUCAUGUACAGCUACUACGCUCUGCGCGCCGCCGGCCUGCGCGUGCCCCGCCCCUUCGCCGUGCUCAUCACCAGCGCUCAGAUCUCCCAGAUGGCCAUGGGGCUGACGGUGAGCGGGCUGGUGUACCGCUGGAUGCAGGCGGGGGACUGCCCCUCCCACAUCGACAACAUCGCCUGGGCGGCGCUCAUGUACCUCAGCUACCUGCUGCUCUUCUCCAACUUCUUCUACCAAACCUACCUGAGGCGCCGCGGCGCCGAGGCCAAGACCAGCAAGACGGACUAGACCGGAUCAGACCGGACCGGUCCGAGCCGGUCUGGAGACUGACGAAGAGACCAGAACCUUCGUCUGAUGUUUCACACCAGAGACGAUAAACCGAGACCACCUGAGUCCAGGUCUGAGUCUGGGUCUGGAUCCGGUCUGGACCGAGUUUAACAGAUUUAGUUUUUUGUCGUUUGUUUUUCAUUCAGUCGACCGUCACAUGAAAGCGUUUCUCACUCUGAACCGGACUGAAGUGGAUCAGGACAUGAACUCCGGUUGAACCGGUUUGAUGUUCAGGUCUGGAGUCUCUGGGCGUCUGAGUUCAGUGUUCGUCUCCACCCGUCCACGAGUCUGUCAAUCCGCCAGCCACACCCACAGGCGCCGCCCGCCACGUUCCAGCAGGCUGAUGAAACCAGCCCCUCCCAGCCUCCUCACACUGGUUUGACUGGUUUCACCUCCUCCUGUCAGUGAGGAGCCAAUCAGAAGAGCCGAUGCUGCAGCAGAAACUGACUCAUGUCUGAGUUUCUAAUCCGAGCAGAUUAGUGCUGAUGAGGCGUUCACUGUCCCAACGGCCAGACUGCACCCCGGUGAUAUUGGCUUUAUACCAAUAUGAAGUAAUUGAUCCCUAACGAUCAUAAAUCAAUCAGUCUGAUCACACAGCAGCUGAAACUGAUUCAUACUAUUGAUUCAUCUGAAUAUUUCUUUUCUUCUGUCUGUAAAUCGUCAGUUUUCAUCAGAUGAAACAAAGAAAAACAAAUCAAAUGUUUUUUAAUCAAUUAUCAGAUUGUUAAAUUCUAUUGAUCAGCUAUUGAUUGACUAAUUUCAUCUGCAUUAAUCCAGACGUGAGAAGUUUCUGCUGCGAGUCCAGAUUUUCAAACCAUGUUGGUUUACACACGUGAACAUGUGACGUGAUCACGUGAUCCUCCGUCUUUUUUUUAUUUUUAUUUUUUUAUUGUUUCACAAACUUCAUAUUUUCAGAAACUCUUCAUGUCUCUGAUCUAUUUAUUUAUUGAUUGAUUAUUUAUGUGACGUAUGAUGGUGCCUGGUUGGCUGCUGGAAGAGUCUCUUAUGUUUCACUACACAUUAU